UAAUACAUAGCUCACACUAGGGCGUGUUUAAUACACUUCAUUUUUUUUCCAGUUUUACCAACAAAUUUCUGACGACCAACUCUCAUUUAGUGAUGUCACUUGUCUUGUCAAAGAUUUUUCUAUGAAGAGAAAAUAGUGUCUUUUAUAUAUUCCACAGCGACUUGUUUGUAUCCAGCGAGGAUUCUUCUCCCACCUCAUCCCGGGACUAAUCAUUGGAUACUGACUCCCCAGAUCUGAGUUGUGUCCAUGCAAAGUGGUCUGUGCCGGGUGUGAAACAGGAGAGUCCGUGUAUCAUAUUGGGAAGAGCCAUGCGCUGCACAGUUACUGUGCGAGUCGCGUUGGUUCUACUGACCCUUUUCACAACAUGGUAUUUUGCCGGGGAAUUGUAUCCCAAUAAAGUAGAUAUGAAGAGUCUGAGACGCAUAUUCGAUAAUAAAGAAGAAGAGGCGCCAACAGAGGAGAAAGUCAAGUUCAGCUGCGGGAAUGACAAACCCUGCCCAGACGGUUACUUUGCAUUUAGAAUUAUUAGCGGGGCGGCCAAUGUCGUGGGACCAUCUUUUUGCUUUGACAACAUUAUUAUCAUGAGCAGUGUCAGAAAUAACAUCGGCCGAGGACUGAACAUUGCGCUAAUAAAUGCUUCCAAUGGGACUCUGAUCAAAACAGGCUCGUUUGAUAUGUAUUUUACAGACGUGAAAUUACUUCUGGAAUUUCUAAAGCCUGUGCAGGACGGAACGUUGGUGCUUGUUGCAUCUUAUGAUGAUCCAGGUACAAAUCUGAAUGAAGAAGCCCGGGCUUUAUUCACAAGUUUUGGGAGCAGUUAUGCAAAGAAAGUCCAUUUCCGAGACGCCUGGAUCUUUGUGGGAGGAAAAGGGAUAAAUACAGAGAGCCCAUUUGAACAGUAUCUCCAGAACAACAAGGAGACAAACAAAUAUGAUGGAUGGCCGGAGGUGCUGGAAAUGGAAGGCUGUAUUCCCAGGAAAACUAAGUAAAGACACAGGAUAGUCUGUUCCACUCCCCCAGCUUCCGGCAUGUCCCUCUUGCUCCCAUUGCAGAUCCAGUCAUAGGAAUAUCCAAGGCCACUGAGCAAUUUGUUAUUAAACACUGGUACUUGGCCCGUACCAAUGAAACAGGCCUAAAGCAAAACCAGUAUCUUAAGAAUGGGACUUCAUUCAAUGUUGCCUUUAAUAUGUACUGCGAACACCAAAGCUGGGAUUUUAUUAGAGAUGAACGAAGUCAACAGACGAGAGAUCAAAUAUAACAGUCCGACUAAAGAGAAAAGGGACGACUGUAAAUGAUUCCUGCCUUUAUUAUGAACUAUGCAGUGUGGCACAGGAGCUGGCAAUCUCGUAGAACGGGUUAAGAAUCUAGGGUUCCUGCACCCGGGAAUAUUGUCAACUGAACUUGUGCCUGUAAAUGUUCCCCUAAAUAUUUCCAUUGAUGGCUUUGACUAAAUGGCAGAAACGUUGCACAUUCAGUAAAGUGACAGUAUAUGUAAUAAA